AUGGCCGAUCUUGUUAUUGAGCGCCCAUUGGGCAAUAACGAGAACUUCUUUCGUUGCAGAAAUGCUGUGGGGUUUUACCAGAACUUUGCCGCCAUAGGCACCUAUUCCGUGGACCUAUCUAAACAGGACAAGCUCGUCUACGCCGCAUUGAGAAAGCUGAUCUUGGACUACCACAUAUUCAUUUGCAACGUGUUCAGGGACGAGAAAAGGCAGAACUCUAUCUUCAGACCGAUCAAGAGUGCCAAAUUCGGUGAUAUCUACAAGAAGGAAGAUGGCCCUGUUGGAGGAAAGGAGUGGCACGAGGCGUUCAUCCGCCGUCUAUGCUGCGAUAAACUUUGCAGUCUAUACGAGGAGCUGCCUCUUUUCUGCCUUAUUCUAGUUGGCCAAAGCACCCUCGGUGCUGCUUUCGAGCAUACACCAUCUGACGGCGUUGUUGCACCGCAAUUCCAUGCUAUCUUCUUGGACAAUUUGGCUUACUGUGCUGAUCCUGCAAACCACGGUGAAUUCGAGGAAAGCUAUGGCACUAUUCCCGAGCUGGUCACUCUUGACUCGGUGAUUUUCGACUCUGCUAUUGAUUUGCAGUACAUCAGAAACUCCUUGCCGCCACCUGUGGAAAUGAUCAUGGAAGCAAAGCAUCUAGACUACACGCAUGGCGACGCAAACCACUAUUCGACUACCCCACCAGUGGGUUUUCCUAACAAAUGGCCUGGAAGAUUCCCGGCGUCGCUUGAUGCUACUAAGGUUAUGAAAUUAGUCCACCUUGAUUCCGACCGCUUCAGCAAAGUUUUGGCGACCUGCAAGGCGAACGGUGUCACCUUCACCUCAUACCUCGCUUGCAUCCAGGCAUUGACUUUCAAUGCUGUCUACGGCGAUGACCAUCACACGUCUGCAAUGAUCGCUGUGACUCUUAGACGUUUCCUUUCACCUGAUGCUGUUGAUGAGCCAUACAAGCAAAUAGUAGCCAAAGAGGACUACAAGAUGUUUGGAAACUUUGCUCAUAUGGGUCUCCCGCAUUUGUUUGAGCCCGUGAAAGAGUUUUCAUGGGAGCUUGUCAAAAAGGUCAACCUCGAAUUGAAGCAGACUGUUGCUAAUCGGCGCUUGCUCAACACCCAAAAAGCCUUUGCAGAAGCUGCUUCAGAGUAUGAAGAGAACAAGCAUCUCUUCUCGGGCAUUGUGGGCGCUAACAAGGCUGACGCCAUCAAAAUCUCCAAUGUGGGUGCCUACAAUUUUCCCAUCUACAAGCUCGAAGGACAGGACCUCACAAUCGAUGACAUCAUCUUCUCCCAAGAUAUGGCUCCUGGGGCCUCUGACUUCGUGCUCAACGUGGUUUCAUGUCCAAGAGGAGGCCUCAAUAUUGUGAUGUCAUAUUUCGAGGGAGAAGACAACAUAGAGAGCCUCCAUCAGGAGCUCGAACGCAACUUGCAAAAGUAUGCGGCAAAAGUCUAG